AUGCCUCACCAUCAAACUGAGUUUCAUCAUCAAGCCCACCACUAUGGCAGGCAACACCAUCUUGACCACCAAUACCAAAGACAUACUCAUUAUGGAGAUAACCUUUCCUCUGAGGGGUCCUACCACCAUGGAAGAUCUCAUGUCCAUGGUGAUCACCACCCCCGUGAAUAUCACCAUGGUAAGCACCACUAUCACAGAGAUCACCACCACGCCUCGGAGCACCUCCACCACAGAGAGCACUACUACAGGGAACACCAUCGGAGCACCUCCCCAUACUCUAGCCCAUACAAGUCCCACAGUAUACUCGGCGCCUCACCUUCUCAGCCAGAAGCCAAAGGCUCGGGCUACAGUGUGUCUCAGGCUCACGUGGCAAGCCGUUCCCAAGGCUCUCAUGGUUCCAGCAAAAUUUUUCCCCAGGAGGGCACCAAAGAAUCAGAAUCCUGGUCUGAAAAUGAACAAAUUCAGAAGCGUAAAAAGACCCAACGGGCCCACAAGAAACUACACUCUGGGAACUUUUUGCAGUGGAUCUGGGAAAAAAUAACCCAUCUCUUUUGGAGUCUCCGGUUAAUGAUGCUGGAACUGACCCAGUCACUGACCUUUGAGACGUUCAUCUUCCUCGUGGUCUGCCUCAACACUGUCAUGCUUAUAGCCCAGACCUUCACUGAACUGGAGAUCCGGGGUGAAUGGUACUUCAUGAGCAUGGACUCCAUUUUCCUCUGCAUCUACAUACUUGAAGCCCUGCUUAAACUAAUUGCUUGGGGCCUGAAGUAUUUCUACGACCCAUGGAACAAUCUGGACUUCUUCAUCAUGAUCAUGGCAGUGCUGGACUUUGUGCUCCUUCAGAUCAAUUCCCUCUCCUAUUCCUUCUACAACCACAGCCUCUACCGGAUCCUCAAAGUUUUCAAGAGCAUGCGGGCCCUGAGGGCCAUCCGGGUCCUGAGGAGGCUCAGCAUUCUGACCAGCCUCCAGGAAGUGACGGGGACGCUGAGUGGAUCUUUGCCUUCCAUCAUAGCCAUCCUCACCCUCAUGUUUACUUGCCUCUUCCUCUUCUCUGUGGUCCUCCGGGCACUGUUCCGCAAAUCAGAUCCCAAGCGCUUCCAGAACAUCUUUACCACCCUCUUCACCCUAUUCACCAUGCUCACCCUGGACGACUGGUCCCUCAUCUACAUGGACAGCAGGGCCCAGGGAGCCUGGUACAUCAUCCCCAUCCUCAUGAUUUACAUCAUCAUCCAAUACUUCAUCUUCCUCAACCUGGUGAUUGCUGUCCUGGUAGAUAACUUCCAGAUGGCCCUGCUCAAACGUUUAGAGAAAGUGAAGCUGGAGAAAGCUGCCCGGGUCCAUGAGAAGCUGCUGGACGACUCUUUGACAGAGCUCAGCCAAGCAGACCCCGAGGCUGUCAUGAGUGAGGAUGCUUUGCAGAUGCAGUUCGUCGAGAGAAAGUUCGGCACCAUGACAGAGAAACAGCGGAAGCUCCACUUCCAGUUCCUACAGCUGGUGGCCUCAGUGGAGCAGCAUCAGCAGAAGUUCCGUUCCCAAGCAUGUGUCAUUGAUGAGAUUGUGGACACUGUAUUUGAGGUAAACCAGGAAGGGCGGGUUAGGGAGAGGAAGAAGGAGGACCUUGGGGGCUACUGA